AUGAGUAAAAAGAUUGAAGCGCAGAUUAAGCGAUUCAUACAAAACAAUGCGACACCACCCGACACUGCAGCCAGUAAAGAGAAAUGGUCCGCCACGGAGGGCGGCAAUGUUCUCAGUUGGCUCCAACAGCGGGCACCGCAGCAGCCAUCACGGGGAGCCAUUGACUAUCUUAGCAAAGUGCAGUUAAAUGAGAAGACAGAUGCGCAGAAACAGGCAUCACUGCCUAAGCCACGCUCACAGCAGCAACAAGAACAACAGCACGAACUAUCUCAACAACCACAACAACCAUCUCAACCACAACAACCACAACAACAACAGCAAACAACAAAUACGACGGCUGUUCGGAAGCUUGCACAGCUUUUCCCAGGAGCACAGGGAGCAUUAAUGAAUGCCCCUCGGGUGAAAGUGGGUGAUGCAGUCAUAGUUAUGGAUAAUACAAAAACUGUAAUGAGUGAGCCACAGCAGCCACAACUGCAGGAUCAACAACAACAGCAACAACGUCCCACAGAAACUGUAGCUCUACCGCGCUCUCACCGAGGUCGUAACAGACGUGAGACGAAGGAAGAGCGAUUAAAACGUCGUUUUGAAAAAAUGACCGAAGAAGCUCAAAAACGACAUGAAGAAGCCCUUCGAACUGAUCCUGAGUAUAAGAAGAAGUACCAAACUUUUCAAGAAUUACAAGCAGCACAACAAGCAGCACAGGGAAAUUUUCUGGAACGUUAUGCUCGUCAAGAGCAUAUAAACCUCAGUACUUCAGUGAGUGAACGUCUUGAUAUUCCUGUCAUUCUUGAUCUUAUUGAACAACAUGAUGUUGUCUUUAUUUGUACAGAUACAGGUAGUGGAAAGAGUACAUCUAUUCCCAAGGCACUUUUGGAACUUUCUAAUGACACACGUGUUGUUAGCACACAACCUAGGCGUACUGCUACCGUUUCUAUUGCCUCUAGAGUUGCUGCAUUACGCCGUGAGAAUGUAGGUGAGGAUGUUGGGUAUUGGAUCCGCGGUGACAAGCGCGGCGACGACCAAACACGCUUGUGGUACAUGACAAGUUACACAUUACUUCUUUAUCUUCUCAAUAACCCAUUACAACCUCCUUUUACACAUAUUGUGCUGGAUGAGUUUCAUGAACGACAACCGGAUAUUGAGGUAACUGUUGCAUUGUUACGAUUGUGUCUACUACGGCGUACCGCGAAUUUUAAACUUAUUUUAAUGAGUGCUACUCUUAAUACAGAAGACUGGGAACAGUACUUUACUGGUUUAAAGGUUGCUACAUAUAAGCAAAGUGAACCAGAACAUCCAAUUCAUGAUUACUUUAUGGAAGAUGUCUGUGCACUUAUUGGAGCAGAGUAUAAUGAAUCACCAAAUGUAGUGGAUCGCGGUGUUGACUUUCCUUUACUAGAGAAACAUAUGUUUAUUGCGCAAAACCUUAUUUCAUACCUUAAUAUGUAUGCAGAUCCUCAGCAUGCAAUUCUUGUUUUUUUACCAGGACGUGCGCAAGUUGAACAAUUACAACUAUGGCUUGAGUCUAAUAUGCGUAAACCCAUGGAUAUUGUGGCAUGGCAUAGUGCUGUUGAUCUUGCCGUUAUUGAGGAAGCUAUUGGUCGACGAUUGCCAUUUCAACAGAAAAUUUAUCUUGCAACAGACAUUGCAGAAGUAUCUAUAACACUUCCUGAUGUUGUUUUUGUAAUUGAUCUUGUAUUAGUAAAACGUCCAAAGAUUAACAAGGAUGAUCCAGCUACCGUAUUACACCCACCUCUUCUUACACAAUGGAUUUCAAAAGGUAGUGUAGCACAAAGACGUGGACGUAUUGGUCGUGUACAACAAGGAUUUUAUUUUUGUCUGUUACCAUCUUCUUCUGUUGGGCGUUUACCUGACCAUGCUGAUCCACCUAUUGAAAAUUCUCGCAUUGAUGAACUUUCUCUACAUUGUCUUCAGUUGGUCUCUAACCCAGUUGCUAUAUUCAGUAUUUGUCACGGACAACCACUAAUUGAGACUAUUACUCUCUCUAUGGAUACACUCUCACAAUUGGGUUGUAUUGUUAAUAGUAAAGAUCCUCAUGCGGCUGGAGAACGUAUUGAAGAAAUACAUUCAAACAGUCAAUGGAGUCCUUUGGUGUUAGAAGAAGCAAAGAAGGUUGUACUUGCAGAAAUUAAUAAUUACGAAUAUACUUUUAUUGGACGUAUUCUACAACUUAUUCCUGUUUCACCACAACCUGGUAUGCUUGUUUUUUACGGGUUUUUAACCGGAUUGGAAUCUUUAAUGAUUUUGGCAGCUGCUGUAACCAGCAGUCUUUCACCAUUUGCACCUAAUCCAUUAGAGCAAAAAAGGCGUAAACGUCAAACAGUGGUUCGUGCAAUGGAAGAAACCGAAAAUGUAAUGCGAAAUAUGUGUUGUGGAUUACGUAGUGAUAUUGUUGCUGUAAUGAAGGCUGUAUUAAUGUUUCGUGUGUGUGUUAGCGAGAAUGGAGAAGAUCCUGCUACAAUUGUGCGUCAAUGGUGUCUUGAUCACCACUUAAGUUAUGAUAAGUUAAAAGCCAUACUUGAUUUAGAACAACAUAUUAAGUAUGAACUUGCUAAUUUUAUUCCUUUUCGUGAUGUUGUUGACCCACAAGAACUUCUUGCGCAACUUGAGAAGGUAGCACCUAUCGUGCUAGUCAUGACAAAUGUCGCCUUUGUUGCACAAUCACUUGAGGUAACUACAGAAGGUAAUACGUAUACAAAUUCAAAGGAAACGGCAGUCGGUCUCUUUACCGAUAUUGCAGCAGUACCUGAUAUUCACUCUCCAAGUUGUUUACGAUGGCAAGAAGGUGAUAUUGUUAUACCAGUGCAACUUUCCCUACUUGGUAAUAGGAUGAUUGCAAGUUUUUCUACUGCCAUUGCAUCCCAUAAGCAAUUCUGGCUCUCUUUACUCCUUCUCACACAUCGACUGCAGUACGCAACUUUUGCUGACGACGAAGGUGCUUUUCAUGUUUUUUCUGUAAAGUACUACGGGACGGAACGUUAUGUGGAGACAGAUGCCUCAACAGGUUACGCCGUACUACACUUUCGUCAGCAGCUUAGUACUGUUUGUCAAACCCUUCGACUCCUGCAUGAUCAUCAAGAAAUGUACGAUGAUGAAUUUGCAGAAUUAUUACAGAAGUAUAAACUUAAACCACUGGAGGCAGCACAACGCGAUGUUAUUGUGGCUAUUGCCGCAUUUUUUAAUAAUACAGAGAGCAUCACUGUGGAUGAAGUGGAGCAUGAUGAUGAUGAUCUUGACGAAGUCUCUAUUAUUAGCCUGGCCCUUCCAAAACUCAAUCAUGGAUGA